AUGGUUCAGUUUAUCGAAACUGGCCCUUUUGACUAUGAGGAAUACUUUUCCAUCGCAGCACAAUUUUUGUACAAAUAUCAGUGGAUAUUCUGUUACAAUAACACCAAGUUUAUACGAUGCGGUGUCCUAGAACAAUUACCACGCGAAUGGAUAACGGAUCUGGAUACCUUAUCGAACGAGGAGUUCAACCACAUACCUGUGGGAUGUAUCAAGGAUACAUGGUGUGAUUCAUUCCGAGAAUUUCUGCUGCAAGUGAAAAUGCUUCAAGUGCAAUAUGACACGCAUGAGAACAUCGAUCAACCACAUAACCGCCACAAGCAAAAACGCAAGGGAAUCAAUGCCAAAAAAGCUUACGAAAUAGAUAAUCUCUGUAGCUUCAUCGAAUUGGAACAAUUUCGAAAGGACGCUACGCUGUUCAUUGACUUCGGUAGUGGUUUAGGUUAUCUGAGCGAACUUAUCCACGAACGAUACGGUGCAAAAGUACUUGGAAUCGAAGGAAACGCAACUCUUGUGCAAACGUGUAAUAACCGUUCUUCUGUUAGUACAAGCAAAGCUGUACAAUAUUGUCAUCACUACAUAACGGAUGAUUCUUUCGGCUUUAUCGAACAACAGUGUAGUGAUCGUUUUGAUAACUAUCCGCACCGUGCUGCUGUGGUUGGUUUGCACGCAUGUGCCGAUCUGUCCAUUACCGCCAUAAACUGUUUCCUGCACUGUAAAUGGGCCACCAGUCUCACCAUAAUGCCCUGUUGCUACCACCGUAUGAAACCGUUGGACGAAAAGGCUCCAAAUGAGUUUCAAAACUUUCCUCUUAGUCAAGAGCUUCGAACCAUACUGCUCGAAGAGCAAGAUGAAGCGGUGCGGGUUGGAAAGCUUGGGUCAACGCUGGAAGAAAUAACCGUGGAAAACAUGCUGGAACAAUUUAAGCUUCUUAAGCAGCUCGAAUGCAAUACCCGUGAAUGUCCCUGGACGGAUCAGCACAAGGAUAGGAUGUCCGCUUUGCUGCAAAAGUAUGGACCUGAAGGACCGAAACUGGCAGAAUAUUUAGAGUGCCUUCAAACUUGUCUACAGUCAAUCUGUGAGAACGUGAUACUGCUUGAUCGGAUGUGCUAUAUGGAGAGCGAGGCCAACCGAUCUAGUUUAAAAAUGCGUCGCAAACUAGUGCGGCUCCGGGAUGAUGGACUUUCACCACGUUGCUUUAUAUUUUACGCUUCGAAAGAUGAAUAA